CACAAUAAGAAUGCAUUGUCAUCGCUAUUCCUUUCUGAUGACGGUUCACUUCGAAAGGGAGGGGAAGGUCUGAACCCACUUCACGAAGAUCAUGUCAGGGAGCUUAAGGAUGAGGCCAAGUUCCUUAAAGCAUGUGGAACUUUACUUGAGACUCCAGUUGAAAUUCGAAAAGCAUCACGAAAAUUUUUGUCAACUCAAUACAAAGAAGACGAAUCAUUGAAUUUCAAUUCAUGGCUUCCAAAUGCAUCAAUUGAGAAAUUGAAACUAGAGAACCAACCUGAUGAAUCUCCAGAACCUGUCAUAAUUUCGGAAGCACUGGGAGCAGGUUCUUCGGUAGACUCUCCUAGCAGCUGCAUGACCGAUGGACAUAAUACCAGAAGGGACUCUGUAAUCUCCAAUGCAAGCAGUGAUAUUCAGACUGUUAUCACUCCGAUAGAUGUGCCAGAUGAUGAAACUCAUUCUUCUGCAAUUUCAUCUGUUUCUCCUGAAGAUGUUGCCAAUGUGCCAUGCAAAAACAAGUCUGUUCGUUUUGAAUGCGAAUCUGAUAGCCCUGCAUCUUCAGCAAGUUCCAGUCAACACCCGAAGCUAUCAGGGUCAGCUGGAAAAUGCUGUGUAGCAAAGGUUUCACCAUAUCCAACCCCACUGAAAUUAACUGAUGAGAUGGAAACCCCGGGGACUGUAUUCCCUGCAUACCUGCAUGACAUGGCCGGUAGAAAAUCUACGAGGAUCAGAUCAGAGUAUCCCUCCCAGUGGAAUGAAGCGAAGGAUGAAAAUUCUGAUCCCAACCACCUGAGAGGACCUUUUGAGCCAAAUGAUGAAGCAGCCUUGAAAUCAACCCCAGUACUUAGCAUGUUAAUGGAAGAUCUUUCAGUUGUCAAAGACACGAAAGAUGAAGUGAGCUCUUCCUCUUGGUUGAAGCCAUAUUUACCGAAUCAUGACUCUAAUAAUGAGCAAUUUGGUCCCACUUCUAGUAAAAAUGUCCAUAGUUGUCCAACUCCAGGAGAUAGGCCUAUUUUGGGACUGGUCGCAGCCCACUGGAAUGAUGAUGAAACCUCUUGUAUUUCUCCUAAAUGGUGGGAUGGGAAUGGCAUUCCUAAUUCAACUAACAAGUACAAAGAGGAUCAGAAAGUCAGUUGGCAUGCAACACCAUUUGAGGUGAGACUGGAAAAGGCAUUAUCUGAAGAAACCUUUAUACCCCGGAGGAAGCCCAUUGCAGGGACACCGCCACUUCAUUUGAAUGAAGCUGAUGAAUCUGAUACAGCUUCGUCAGGACUGCAAUCUUCAGCUCAUCCCAAUUCAGUUGUUUCAUUCUGAUGAAGGCUUAAAACCGUAUCCCAGUUUUUGCGAGUUCACUACUGUGCACCGCCAACAUAUUUCUUCCAUCAUUAUUCGUGAGCCAUUCUAAGUUGGUAUUGAGCAGAACUCACCCUGCCAAUACCCUUCAAGGUCAAUAUUCGCAAUGACUAUAAAAACAAAGUGACACUUGUUUGAAAUUCUUGGUCGUUUAUCUGUGUCUGUCUAGCUUAGCUUUUCAGUCAUAUUCUAUCAGUCAGAUACAUAAGAUCACAUCCUAACCUUGAUCUACAGUAAUUGAGAAAACUAAGCUGUUUCCCAGGACAGCUUCGCUUUCUGCAAUCUUAAAUGUGUACUGAAAGUUGGCCUGAACUGGAAUUGGUUGGGGUUAGAGGGAAAGAAAUGCUGCUGAAAUGAUUUCUAUGAGGGCAUGUUGUUGGCGCAAGAGGGGUUUCAUAGUUCUCAAUCUGAGUUUU